UUUUGGUCACUUUCUCUUCCCUCUCUUUAGUCUCCUCCACUUCAAUCGACCGUUGCAGCCUCACUUCACUUUUCAAACUUCAAACUCUCAAACCUUCUACCAUCAUUCAUCAAUGCCUCCUCUCAGCAAGCGAUCUCGAUCAGAGAUCCAAAACCCUCAACCUUUCACUCCAAUCGAUGAUCAGCAAUCCAAAAUGUCCCAAUACGAACUCUCUAGAGAAGAAAGAAUCCGCGAAAAUCGUGAGAGAAUGGGAAAAUUGGGCAUUUUUGACAUCUCACUUUCCCUCAAGCUCAAAUCAACCCCACCUCCUCGCCGAACUCCACAUAACCCUAAAUCGCCUAUUUCUCGCAACCCAUCCGGCCCCUCUCGCCGUUCUUCCAGGUUACAGAAUGUUGCUCCUAUUAGUUAUUCAGAAGCGCCACUGAAGCAAGAAGUGGGUGAGAAAAAAACUAGGGUUGUGAUAACAGAAGGUUCUAAGCCUGAGGUUUAUACUGAAGAACAUGAGAAGCUUUUGGGGAACACUGAGAAAACUUGGGAGCUUUUUGUGGAUGGUGUUGGAAAAGAUGGGAAAAGGAUCUACGAUUCUGUUCAAGGCAAAACUUGCCAUCAGUGCAGGCAAAAAACUCUUGGUCUUCGGACACGCUGUUGUGAGUGCAACAUGGUCCAGGGGCAGUUUUGUGGAGAUUGCUUGUACAUGAGAUAUGGGGAGCAUGUACUAGAAGCUUUGGCGGAUCCAACUUGGAAGUGCCCGGCUUGUCGAGGAAUUUGCAACUGUAGCUUAUGCCGCAAUGCUAAAGGAUGGGCACCUACUGGAUAUCUAUAUAGAAAGGUAGUACAGUUGGGUUACAAAUCAGUUGCACACUACCUGAUUCUAACCCGGCGCGCAGAAGCCGUUGUUGAGAAAAACGAUGAAACUUCCAACCCAGUUUCAGAUACAGAUGUUCAGAAAAACGACGAAGAAGUUUCCAGCACUGUUUCAGCUAAAAGGUCACUGCCUUUCUCUGAUGCAGACAACAAUGAGAAUAAGCUUGGACCGAUGCAGUUGGAGACUGAAACUGAUGGCGAUGAGGUUGCCGCAAAGAGAUUGUUGAUUUUCCCUGAUGAGCAAGAUAAGCUCGGAAAAGUCGAGGCAAGUUUGGAUACCGUGAAGCUAAUUGCUGGUCAGCUUGAAAAAGUCGAGGGUAGUUCGGAUCAGCUUGAAAAAGUCGAGGGUAGUUCGGAUACCGUAAAGGUACUUGCUUCGACCAGCAAACCUAGCCCUGACAGUAUUGCUGGAAGACUUAGGUCUAGGAGAAAAAAGCCAUGAUGAGGAUAAUUUACUUAAUCUAACACAGGGUAUGUUGAAGAGAACAUUCAACAAUGCAUUUUGAAAUUAUCGAAUAUGAUAAUUUGGUAAGAAAACCUGUUUUGCUAUAGUAAUAGUUGUAUCAGAAUGUGAAACAUGUUAAGUAUCACAGUUAAUUUUAAUUUAAAGGGCGAAGUAUUAUGUGCA